AUGGUGUUCGAUGCGGCUGCGUUCUACGCACACAACGAAUACGAACUCGGCAUCUGGAGGCGAGAAAUGGUCAAAUUCGGGAAGCCAUACUUCGAGCAGUACCUCCAAAACUUCCCUCCUAGCGAGCCUGUGGAACAAUUUGAUGACAGGAACGCACUCUACGUGUUGAAGUUUGAUCUAGACUACUGCCUACACAGACCGGGCCUGCCACUGGUCCGGCAACAAAUCCUCACGGAUAUCCUCAGACUUGUGAAAAAAUACCCACCAAAAAGCAACGAAUAA